CCGAUUUACUCCAAAUGCAUUCUGGUACUGUCCCUUCUCUUGUUUCGGGAGACCCGCCGCUAAAGCAAAACCGGUUAUUGACUGAGGUCCCAAAGUGUCUCCAGCCAUGUCUGUCAGAGAGUCAUUUAACCCAGAGAGCUACGAGCUAGACAAGAGCUUCAGACUCACACGCUUCACUGAGCUCAAAGGAACGGGCUGCAAGGUGCCCCAAGAUGUGCUACAGAAGCUUCUAGAAGCCCUGCAGGAGAACCACUAUCAAGAGGAUGAACAGUUCCUUGGGGCCGUCAUGCCCAGACUUGGCAUUGGUAUGGACACCUGUGUCAUCCCCCUCAGACAUGGGGGCCUUUCUCUAGUCCAGACGACAGACUACAUCUACCCAAUAGUGGACGACCCCUAUAUGAUGGGGCGAAUUGCGUGUGCCAAUGUUCUAAGUGACCUGUACGCCAUGGGAGUGACGGAAUGUGACAACAUGUUGAUGCUACUGGGGAUCAGUAACAAACUGUCAGAAAAGGAGCGGGACAAGGUGAUGCCUCUAAUCAUCCAGGGGUUCAAAGAUGCAUCGGAGGAAGCAGGCACAUCUGUGACGGGGGGACAGACUGUUCUUAACCCCUGGGUGGUCCUGGGGGGGGUGGCCACCACCGUCUGUCAACCCAACGAGUUUAUCAUGCCAGACAACGCAGUGCCAGGAGAUGUGUUGAUUCUCACCAAACCUCUGGGGACUCAGGUGGCUGUGGCAGUACACCAGUGGCUGGACAUUCCUGACAAGUGGAAUAAGAUCAAGCUGGUGGUGACUCAAGAGGAUGUAGAGCUAGCUUAUCAGGAAGCUAUGAUGAACAUGGCCCGGCUCAACAGGACAGCGGCGGGUCUGAUGCACACCUUCAACGCUCACGCCGCCACUGACAUCACUGGCUUCGGGAUUCUGGGCCACGCCCAGACAUUGGCACGGCAACAGCGUAGCGAGGUCUCGUUCGUCAUUCACAACCUCCCUGUGCUCGCCAAGAUGGCCGCUGUGUCCAAGGCCUGCGGGAACAUGUUCGGACUCAUGCACGGCACCUGCCCCGAGACAUCAGGGGGUCUGUUGAUCUGUCUUCCCAGGGAGCAGGCAGCUCGUUUCUGUGCUGAGAUCAAAUCUCCUAAAUACGGCGAAGGCCACCAGGCUUGGAUCAUCGGCAUUGUGGAGAAGGGCAACCGCACCGCCCGCAUCAUCGACAAACCACGAAUCAUCGAGGUCGCUCCUCAGCUCUCCACACAGAAUGUCAACCCCACACCCGGCGCAACCUCAUAAUACCUCCCCCCUGCAAUGCAGACCGGAACCACAGAGCUCGGCCGAGUUUUUUUUUGACUCAUUCUAGAAAACCAUCCUAGAGUGUGUCAAAUGUAUACACGUACACUACCGUUCAAAAGUUUGGGGUCACUUAGAAAUGUCCUUGUUUUCUAAAGAAAAGCUCAAUUGGUAGAG